ACUUAAACACAUCACUAGUUGGUGCUCUUCCAAAAUCAGCCCAUGCUUGUUGUGAUGUGUGAUCUUUAAUUAUUUAUAUUUAAUUAGUGAAAAAUGCCUACACCGGAUAAAAUACUUAUGAGAAAAAUAAAACAGCGUGAGAAGAAAAAACAAAAACUCAUAGCCAAGAAAACAAACAGCGCUGCCGUGGAAAACGUUUCUGAUGCGAAUGAAGAUCCAGCGCCAACUAAAUUAGCUACCAAAAGACCGACUGAAGAAAAUGGCACCAUACAAAAUCCUACUCCUAAAAAAAAACAAAAGAAGAAGAAACAAAAGGUUGAAGUGAAAGAGGAACCAGAAAUCAAAGAUGAACCAGCCGGUAGCAGCGAUGAGGAAGGGGACAGCCACGGUGAAGAGAAGGCUAAUGAUGUCAGCCAAGAAGACAGUAGUCAAUUACCAGGCUCAAGUCUCGCUCUGGGAAUCCUCUCUGAUCAGAAGUUCUCAGCUCUAGAAGGCAAAGUCUGUGAGGCCACACUCAUGGGUGUCAAAGACAUGGGUUUCACCACCAUGACAGAGAUCCAAGCUAAAGCCAUCCCUCCACUGUUGGAAGGACGAGACAUAGUUGGUGCAGCCAGAACUGGUUCCGGAAAGACUCUGGCCUUCUUGAUACCAGCUAUUGAGCUGAUAUACAAGCUUAAAUUUAUGCCACGUAAUGGCACAGGCGUUAUAAUUCUGUCUCCUACCAGAGAAUUGUCUAUGCAAACGUUUGGAGUGUUGAAAGAGUUGAUGACGCACCAUCAUCACACUUACGGGCUAGUGAUGGGAGGCGCCAACAGAAGUACUGAAGCACAAAAGUUGUCUAAAGGCAUCAACAUCCUAGUAGCUACGCCAGGACGACUGUUGGAUCAUCUUCAGAACACACCUGAUUUCCUGUACAAGAACCUGCAGUGCCUUGUCAUUGAUGAGGCCGACAGAAUACUGGAGAUCGGAUUCGAAGAGGAAGUCAAGCAGAUUAUUAAAUUAUUGCCCAAACGCCGUCAAACCAUGCUGUUCAGUGCGACCCAGACGAAGAAGACAGAAGCACUCACAGCACUCGCCGUGAAGCAAGAACCCGUGUAUGUGGGUGUGGAUGAUCAUAGAGAGCAGGCCACCGUCGACUCUUUGGAACAGGGAUACAUAGUCUGCCCAUCGGAGAAGCGAAUGAUGGUUCUAUUCACAUUCCUGAAGAAGAACAGGAAGAAAAAGGUGAUGGUGUUCUUUUCAACCUGCAUGUCCGUCAAGUACCACCACGAGCUGUUCAACUACAUCGACCUGCCCGUCAUGUCUAUACAUGGCAAACAACAGCAGACCAAACGCACCACAACCUUCUUCCAAUUCUGCAACGCGGAGAGCGGCAUCCUGCUCUGUACGGACGUGGCGGCGCGCGGCCUGGACAUCCCCGCCGUGGACUGGAUCGUGCAGUACGACCCGCCCGACGAUCCCAAGGAAUACAUCCACCGCGUGGGCCGUACGGCGCGCGGGCUCGGCACCAGCGGGCACGCUCUGCUGGUACUGCGGCCCGAGGAGCUGGGCUUCCUGCGGUACCUGAAGCAGGCGAGGGUGUCGCUUAACGAGUUCGAGUUCUCGUGGAACAAGAUUAGCGAUAUACAGAUGCAGUUGGAAAAGCUGAUAUCAAGAAACUACUUCCUCAAUCAGUCGGCAAAGGAAGCCAUGAAGAGUUACGUGCGAGCGUACGACUCGCAUCACUUAAAGACCAUAUUCGAUGUCGACACAUUAGACUUGGCUAAAGUUGCUAAAGCUUUCGGUUUCACUGUCCCGCCAGCCAUGGAAUUACGAGUAGCCAAUAAGGGACCUCCACAGAAAAGGAAAGGAGGCGGAGGUUAUGGCUAUUUCAAGUCCCUCAACGCGCCGGCUGGUUUGAAGAAAAAAGAAAACAAAACAAAAGUGUACAGACAAAAAGGUCAAAAAGGCGGGAACCGGAGUUGAGAGGUUAUGUUUACGUUUGUAUCUUAAUUAAUGGUAAUUAUUUUAUGUUUAUCUCUUACAAUACCGUUGGAAAACAUAAUAAAGAUGUAAAAGUUAUGACUCAUGAAGUGCGAUGUUAUAUGAAUAAAACUAUUUCAUAAGU